UUUCCCACCGCGCGAACGAUGUCGUCACGAAUAAACCUGGACAGUCCCGAUGACAACCUCCGAGCUAUGGCCACCGAGCAACGCCGCGAAAUCGCGGCGGCGAAAGACCUAGAAUCCGACAUGGACCUCGCCUUCCGUCUCCAACUCCAGGAAGCAAUCAACGCCUCCAUCUCCUUCGUGCCCUCCACCUCCUUCGUGCCCUCCACCUCAGCCGCGUCGCCACGAUCUCCCGCGCGAGAUUUGGCUAAACCGGACGGUUCAAAAGAUAAUGUCCCUGACCUCCAAUCGGUCGAGCUCUUAAAAUUCGAGCAAGAAAUAAAAGACCGGUUACUCUCCGAAGCUGAGUUUAAGAAAAUAAGAGACGAUCUCCACCGUCGGAUUCACGAUCAGAAAUUGGCCGAGGAGAUUGAUAACAUGCCGGAGGAUGAGUGGGAGGAAAUUGGGGGUAAUUUCGAGCGACCUUUUGGAGAAGGAAGUUCGAAGAGUGUGGGAAGCGAGAUUUUAAGGGUUUACUUUAAGGGUUUGGUGGAGAGUGAAGUUACGGUUAAGGUGAAGGAUAAUGUUGGUCGCUAUAAGAGUGGGGUUUUCAGUGGGAUUGGAGUGGCAAUUUGUGAUUCGAGAGACGAAUUGUUGUUUGAAGUGAGAAAACCGUUGUGUGCGAAUGGAAUCAAUCGGCGGAUUGCUGAGUUUAUGGCGUUGAUUGAAGGACUGAAUGCUGCACUGACGUUGGAAUUGCCAAGGAUUGUCUUUUAUUGCGACUAUUUUCCGAUAUAUCAAUUUGUUACUGGUCGAUGGAAUCCAAAGCAGCGGAAAAUUGAGGCAUUAGUUGAUCAAGUGACUCAGCUCCGAGAAAAAUUUACUUACUGCAUCCCAUCUUUAGUGGCUCGAAAUGAUGUAAAGUUUGCGUUUAAGCUUGCAAGAGAAGCAAUAGUUUCUCAGGUUAAUAGGUCUACAGACACUAGUGCUGAGGGGAGUUUAUAUGAGACGUGUAUCAUAUGUUUUGAGGAAAUGAGUAUUGACGAAAUUUUCUCUGUUGAUGGUUGUAUGCAUCGAUUUUGCUACUCUUGCAUGAAACAGCAUGUGGAGGUCAAGAUGCUUCACGGGAUGGUACCUAAAUGUCCUCAUGAAGGCUGUGAUUGUGAACUAAAAGUUGAUAGUUGCAGCAAAUUUUUGACCCCUAAGCUAGUUGAGAUUAUGAAGCAACGCAAGAAGGAAGCUUCAAUUCCUGUUACGGAGAAAGUGUAUUGCCCUUAUCCAAAAUGCUCAGCUUUGAUGUCGAAAGGCGAGGUUUCAGAAUAUUCUAGAAGUUCUGCCAUUGAUGUAGGAAGAUCUGGAUCCAGAAAAUGUAUAAAAUGUAAUGGCCUUUUCUGUAUCGACUGUAAAGUUCCUUGGCAUAAUAACAUGACUUGCUUUGCUUACAAGAAGAGAUAUCCUAAUCCUCCUGGAGAAGACCUCAAGUUAAAGACUCUGGCACAAAGAAAUAUGUGGCGUCAGUGUGUAAAAUGCAACCACAUGAUUGAACUUGCUGCGGGUUGCUACCACAUGACUUGCAGGUGUGGGUAUGAAUUCUGUUACACUUGUGGAGCUGAGUGGAAGGAGAAGAAAGCAACAUGCUCUUGUCCACUUUGGGAUAAUGUUCAUAUCAUUUAUGAUUCAGAUGAAGAGUUUGAUGAAGAUUCUGAAGAUGAGGAUUAUUAUGAAUCCGAUUCAGAUGAUUAUUACUGAACAAUCAGCUACUAUCACCGUCACCCGCACCCAUCCACGUACUCUUUGAGUUCAUUUAAUGAGUUUGUGAGUAGCAUCACAAUCAAUUGUGAUCCUUUUUUUUGGGGUGAGGGGAGGAGGAACAUCUGUAGGAAUGUAUCGUGACCUAGCCAUCUAGGUGCAUGGUCGCAGGAAAUGACAAAAUUAUUGUACAUAUGGUUGAAUUUUGUUUGGUUUAUUGUCGUUUCAUAAUGGUCUUGUUUUAUCACCUUCUAA